CCUUUUCUAGUUUUCUACCGCGCGCAUCGACAUAACGCACGAGCAACCCGCGAUCGACCACCUUUUUGACCCACGAUACCGAAAAACCAAACCUCGUGACCACCGUCCUUCACAUCGCGUUCACGAUUGUUAUUUUGUUACCUUUAUAUUAUCAUCUCGUCACCCGACGACUAUUUGUAUUAUUUUGUUUUAAUUCAUUAAAUUAGUAAAACGCAAAACGAUAUUGUCGUAGUUCAUACUAUCGUCCUCUUCUUAAAGACUUAAACACGUGUGAGAAUCGUUGGAGGCAAUUAUGACUAUUUGACCUCCACACGGCACGACUGAGCCAUAUGUACGACGUUGGAGAUAUCGGUAGGGGAAACUAGUCGACAGUCGUACAUCGCCCACGUAUCUUCCACAAUAUUAAUGAUGGAAUACACAUCACGAUUAAAGAUAUACUUAAAUAUCUUAAAUCGUGAUAUACAUAUACCUAAUAAUCUACUGGGCAUUGUGUAAUCACAUUUUUUAUCAUAGGUUUAUGCCGUUUAUGAAGAAUUAUACUGCAGAUUUAAUGGAUUAUCGUGGAUUAUGGAUACGUGACACUGUUACAAUCAAUAAAUACAUUCAGUACUAAAUAUAUUUAAGUAACAUAAAUAUAACAUUAAGUUAAAUCAAUUUUUAUUUAUUGCACAGAUAUAGUAAAAUAGUAAUAAAUUAAAAGUACUUGAAGUUUUUGUAUAAAAACAGGAAAUAAUAGGAUAAAAAGGAGUUGUUGUAGAAAAUAAUUACUUUUGAAUAAAAAACUUAAAAGAAAACUUAAAAAUCCUAAAAACAUGGUUGAAAUAUUAAAAAGUGAUAUAAGCGAGGUUAAGACUGAAUUUUCGACUUUGUUAUCUGCUAAAAACUCACAGUCUGAAGAAUUAAAUUCAAUAAAUAAUAUUCAGACUCCAAAUUUAAAUAAACCAUUAAGAGGUGACGUGUGGAAUGUAUAUGUCUCAAAUAUAGAUUCAUUUAAAUAUUUUCAUGUACAGAACAUUGAAAACUAUGAAUAUGUUCAAUCAAUCUGUACAGAACUAGAUAAAUAUGAUUCAACAUUAAAGAAGCCUCCAAAAGUUGGAAAUUUAAUUGCUGCUCGUGAUUACAGUGGUGUUUGGUAUAGAGCUAAAGUUCAAAGGAUAACUAAAUUGGGACUUUAUGUAAGUUAUAUUGAUUUUGGGCUUUCUCAAGUAUUAAUUACAGAAUUUAAAGAUCUACCAAAAGAACUUAAUAGUGUAAAACCAAUGGCUUUUCGUUGUUUUUUCAAAAAUGUAUCAAAAGAAGAUGAACAUCUAUUAUCAGAUCUAGAUUUAUUGGAUUCAAUUUAUACAUUCUAUACUUCUUAUCAAAUGACUACCACUUUUUUAAGCACUAAUGAACCAUAUUUAGUAACAUUAUCACAUAAUGGAAAUAAUGUUUUUGAUAUUUUAAACAAUUUGGUUUGGGAUGGUAUUGUUCCUAGCAUAUCUGAUGAUCCAAUAAAUCGUGCAAAAAUUAAAAUGUUGAAUGAAAUAUUUCCAAAUUCAAGGACAGCGAUUGUCAAUAUUGAACCUGUUUUAUCCAUAAAUCAUUUUUAUGUUGAAACUGAAUUGAGUCAUCAAAUUGGCAAAGUUAUUAGAACUGAAAUCGAAAAUCAGACAAAGCGGAUUCCGGUAUUACAUCCUGAAGAGGGUCAAAUAGUGAUCGCUAAAAAUACCAAUGAUUUAAAAUUGUAUCGGGCAAGGGUUAUAAAGAAAUACGAUGAUUGUGAAGAAUAUAAAUGUUUUUUAAUCGAUUGUAUGACAUUUGAAAAAUGUUCUGAAAUGUUUGAACCCACUGAUUAUCUACGGACAGCACCUCCAGUUAAGAUACAUUGCUCAUUAGAUAUAUCAAAAAAUGUUAACAAUCAUAUACUUGAAAGCAUGAAUCUUGCUUUCAUUAAUGAAAUAGCUGAAUGCAUUGAUGAGUCAUGCAAAAAAGUCAUGCAUAUAAAAAAAAUUGGUAAUCCAUGUUUAAUAGACUUGGAGAUUGGUGAUUUAAAUAUCUCUCAAGUUAUUGAACCGUGUGAAGUGAGAGUGAUUAAUUAUUUUAAUUUGAACCAUUUCCAAGUUCAAUUAAAUACAUCCGGGAAGAAAAAAAUUCUAGAUGUUUUAAGUUCUACUAAAAAAUUUCUGACUGUUUCUAAACCAAAAGUCUUUGAACUAUAUGUAGCUAAAAUCCAAUCACAAUACAAGAGAGUAAAAUAUAUGUGUAAAGAUGAAUUAGGUUUUAGAGUAAAACUUUUAGAUGAAUUUCAAAAUCUGAAGAUAAUUGUUGAUGAACUAUUUGAGCUUCCGAAGUCAUUAAUUAAUGUGAAAACUACAGAUUUAUUUUGUUCUCUUGGAUUAAAUGAAAUGUAUUAUUCUAACAAAUUAUUCGUUGACAUUUGUAAUAAUGGCAAAACAAAAUUUAAAAUGGUUAUCAUUAAAGAAAACCGUAUAAAUGCUCAUAUUGUUAAACUUUUUUUAAAUUCUAAAGAUAUAACAUCAAUGAUUUGUAAUCAACCUUCUUAAUAAUGAUUUUUUUUUUUUUUGUACAAUUUUAGAAGCAUUGACCAUUAUUAUUGUGAAUUAUACUUAACUACUAUCUAUACUGUAACAUUUGUAUAUCAUACCAUAAUAUGAUAAUAAUUAUUAUUUGCCACCAUAUUAUAUUUCAUUUAGAUUAUUAAUUUAUAAUAGGUACACAGGCAUGGUCCUUAAUUAAUUUAUAAAAUUUUU